GAUGCAAAAGGACAGUACCUGUUUGAUCUCAUUUGUCACCAUCUUAACCUGCUGGAGAAGGACUACUUUGGCAUCAGAUAUGUGGACCCAGACAAACAGAGGCACUGGUUGGGGUUUACAAAAUGUAUUGCCAAACAAAUGAAAUCCCAGCCUCCAUUCACCAUGUGUUUACGUGUCAAGUUUUACCCUCCUGACCCGGCUGCCCUGAAAGAGGAAAUCACAAGAUAUCUAGUCUUCCUACAGAUCAAGAGAGAUCUGUACCAUGGUCGUCUCCUGUGUAAGACGUCGGAUGCUGCCAUGUUGGCUGCCUACAUACUACAAGCUGAGGUUGGUGACUAUGAUCCUGGAAAGCAUCCUGAGGGCUACAGCUCCAAGUUCCAGUUCUUCCCUAAACACUCAGAGAAGCUGGAGAGACGCAUCUCUGACAUCCACAAGACAGAACUAAUAGGACAGACUCCAGAAGAGUCCGAGCUGAACUUCCUGCAGAAGGCCCAGGAGCUGGAGACGUAUGGUGUGGACCCUCACCCCUGCAAGGAUGUGUCAGGGAACCCUGCCUUCCUGGCCUUCACUCCGUUUGGCUUCACUGUCCUGCAGGGGAACAGGAGAGUCCAUUUCCUCAAUUGGGACGAGGUGACAAAGCUGAAGUUUGAGGCAAAGACAUUCCAUAUAUAUGCAAAUCAGAAAGAGGACAAGAAGAUCAUCUUGACAUAUUUUGCACCUACACCUGAGGCCUGUAAACACCUGUGGAAGUGUGGAGUUGAGAAUCAGGCUUUCUACAAGUUGGACAAGUCCAGCCAGGUCAGAACGGUGUCCAGCAGUAAUCUGUUCUUCAAAGGAAGUAGAUUCAGAUACAGUGGCAGGGUUGCUAAGGAAGUGAUGGAGCAAAGUGCCAAAAUAAAACGGGAACCUCCAGAGAUUCACAGGGCUGGUCUGGUACCCAGUAGGAGCUGUCCUUCCAUCACCCACGGGCCAAGGCUGACCAGUGUCCCCCGACAAAGACGGCGAGCUGUACACAUCUCCAUCAUGGAGGGCCUGGAGUCCCUACGAGACUCCGCCCACUCCACGCCCGUGCGUUCCGUCUCCCACGGCGACUCCUUCAUGCCGCGACACCGUCACCACACAACAGAUGCCGGCGAGGGCGGGUCAUCCCAGCGGGUCAUCUCUGACGAGGCCUACUGCCCCUCAGACAGUGUGCUGCCCACCCCCAUGGCCGAACACAGCCUGGAGCUAGCCGUGGCGCGCCACCCUAAUGGAGCCCCCUGCAGCAUCGAAGAGGAGGAGUCGGAGGCCGGGACUCCUGAGGGACAGGUGGCUGAGUUUGGCCCCGACGGCAGAGUGCUUCGGCUGGGUCGGACCAGGAAGUCUCUCCCUAACAAGGAGGUGCAGGAGCUACAUAAGUUCAUCCUGAGUGUGUUGCGUAUGUUCCUGGUGACCAUGGGACUUCUGUUUGCCCUGCUCUCCCUCCUCAUCAUGCUGACUGAGUCUGACCUGGACAUCGCCUUCCUCCGGGACAUACGCAAGACGCCUGAGUUCCAGCAGUUCCACUUUGAGUAUUUCUGCCCUCUCAGACGGUGGGUUGCCUGCAAGUUCCGCUGGAUGGGAGGCUUCCUUAUAGACAAGUGAGAAUGACUGAGCGAUGGAGGGAGAGAAAGAGGAGUGAAUGAAAAAGAGGCCUCUGAGAGGACGUACGCGAAGGAUGGAGGGAGGAUAGGAGGAAGUCAAGGAAGGCUGUAGACAGGAAGGGAGGGCUGCUCCAUCUGAACGGGAAUUAACCUUCAAGCUUCUCCCACAAGUCACUUCCUGUUACAAGCCAAGGACCGCCCCCUUCGCUGACCCUCUUCCCUUUUCUAACCAUCAGACUGAACGGAGGACAUUUUCUGAGCUCAUGUUUUACUUUGGAAAUUCAGGUCAUUUCAAGGUACUUUAUUUUUUACCAAGAGACAAGGCAACAGAGUUAUAAAACGACAGAAAAUGAGACAUCUGAGGUCUGUUAUAGGCCUGGGAGGAAACACAUAUUAUUCAACCAACAGAACAACAACAGUUGCCUUUAUUUUCUAUUACUUCAUAUGAACAUCAAUUGUAAGAGAGAAAAAAACGGUAUAAUAAUAAGAUGGAUACAAAUAUAUUAGAUGGACAUUGAUAUAAAAACAGAGGUGUGAAGUGUUGAGUUGUGUACUGUUUGAGCUGAGAAAGGAUGAGCGAGAGAGAUGAAAAACCAUGCCUUUUACUCAUUUGGGGUCAACAUCUAAAACAUCCAUGAUAAUCAUUCUAAUGCUGCUGAAACUUUCAUUUGGGCUGCUAUUGGAGGAGAAACAUUUCUACUGGCAGGAGUACUGGAGUCUGAAAAAGAAACAAAGAUAUGAUAUUCAAUAGAAGAUGUAAAAAGGUAUGUUUUUGAAUGUACAGUACCAUUCAAAGGUUUGGACACACCUACUCAUUCCAGUGUUUUUCUUUAUUUUUACUA